CAGAAACAUGGGUUACGAUAGUCCAGCAAGGGGUAGGGGAUCCACCUCUGGAGGAUUCCGUGGAGGUUUUCGUGGUGGGGAUAGAGGAAAGUCACCAAACUUUAGAGGAGGAGGAGAUAGAGGUCGUGGUGGCAGAGGAGGUCAGAGAGGAGGUUUUAACUCCCCAGCUAACCGCGGCAGAGGUGGCUUUGGAUCUCCGGCAGAGAGAGGAGGCCAGAGAGGUGGGUUUAGGCAGUUUGGAUCACCAGAUCGUGGAAGAGAUGGUGGAGGAGGAUAUCGAGGUCGUGGAGGAUUUAGUCCUAAUAGAGGAAAUUUUUCCCCAAGUCAUCGCGGCGGUCGUGGAUCUUUCACUCCUCGUGGAAACAGUUCACCGGGAUUCAGAGGUGGCAGGGGUGGACAUGGCUCAUUUAGUGAAAGAAGAAAGCCAUCCGAUAAUGACAGACAAGAAGGCGGUCGAUACAAGAAGAAUUUCUCUGCUCCCAAUACUCCAGCUGGUUCGAAAGGAAAGCCCAAGAAGUUUGAAGAAGAGGAGGAAGAUGAGGAUGAAGAAGAGGUUGCUAACGUCAGUGCCUUGAAGGAGAAAAAGAAGGCGCAUGGAAAACCUUCGAAGGUUGUUCCCGAUGAUGAAGAUGAAAAUGAAGAGGAGGAAGAUGAGGAUGAGGAGGAGAUGGAUGAGGAUGAAGAAGAUGAGGAGGAGGAUGAGGAAGAGGCAGGAGUUUCCACCAAAAGUGCUGCAAAGAAACAGGUUACUACUUUGAAAAAACCGGAAACGUUGAAGAAACCAGCUGUGCCAGAAGAUUCUGAUGAAGAAGAGGACGAAGAAGAUGAAGAUGAAGAAGAAGACGAAGACGAAGAAGAAGAUGAUGAUGAGCCGGUAGCAGCAGCUUCGAAAAACAAAGCUGGAGCAGCAGCCGCCAAGAACAAAGCUGGAGCAGCAGCCUCGAAGGACAAAGCUGAAGCAGCAGCCUCGAAGAACAACGCUAUAGCUGCGCAGAAAUCUGUAAUCGCAAAGAAGGUUACAGCAAAUGAAGAAUCUGAUGAAGAUGAGGAUGAAGAUGAAGAUGAAGAAGUCGACGAGGAUGAGGAGGAAAGUGACGACGAGGAAGCUGCGCCUGCAAAGAAAGCGACGCUUCCAAGAGGUGUUGGUACUUCUAUGGCUAAGACUUCGGCAGCACCAGAAGAAGAAGAAGAGGAUGAGGAUGAAGAGGAUGACGAGGAAGAGGAUGAAGAAGAGGAUGAAGAAAGUUUGGAAGAUGAGGAGCAAACUGAACCUAUCAUAAAAACACCAGCGCAGAAACCUAAGCAAAAGGAGCUCAAAAGUGCGUUGAAGAGCGAUAAAGGAUCUGACGCAAAGAAGAAGGUUGACGUGUCGGCUGCACCAACCCCAACCACUUCCUCAAAGAAGAUUCCACCGACGCCGCAUCCGCAGAAGAAAGGAGUGAAGGACACUCCAAAGGCAACAUUAAACUUUGAUGAUGACAGUAGCGAUGACGACGAGGAAGAAGAUGAAGAAAUGGAAGUAGAUGAAGACGAAGAGGAAGUUGCAGAAGAAGGUGAAGAGGGCGAAGAUGAAGAAGAAGACGAGGAGGAAGAUGAAGAUGAAGAGGAGGAAGAGGAAGAGACACCUCAAAAGGUCACGCCUUCAGCACAAGCGAAGAAAGAAAAACUUGCUUCUGCAAAACAAACUAAACCCGCUAUUACCAACCAAGCUAACGCGAAACAAGCUAAACCUGCUGUUCAAAACCAAGCUAAUGAUGUGAAGGUAGCAAACCAAGGAGUCAAGCGGAAAGCUGAUGUAGAUGGUACUCAUGCUGCAAAACAUUUGAAGCUUGAUGAACAUGCCAUUGUUGACGAAGAAAACAAGCGGCGGCAGGAACGUGAUGAACGUUCUCUAUUCAUCAAAGGUUUUCCCAAAAACACAAAGACUAAAGAUCUCGAAGGACUUCACGCCGAUAUUGAGACAGUACGACAUAACAGAGGAUCAUCUUUUGCUUGGAUUGUAUUUAGAACAGAAUCAUCUUGUAAAAAGGCGCAUAGUAUGCUAUCAGCUCACAAAAUGGGAGGCAAGCCUCUUUUUGUUGACUUUUGUGGCUCUAAAUCUGCUAAAGCAAAAGCAGCGGAACACGCUCAAAAACCGAUAAACCCCCUUGAACUGUUCAUCAAUGGAGUGCCUGCCAGCGUAACCAAAGACGAUAUCAAGAAUAUUUUCCGAGCUGCUGUUUCAAUCAACAUUCCUAACGCACGACCUCAUGAGUUGAAACGCGCAUUUGUUCUGUUUUCUACCGAGGAUGAUGCAAAAUCAGCAUUUGACAAAGGCAAAGGACUUAAGCUCGCCGGAAGAUCUGUUGAAGUAUUUUAUGCCCGAAUUCGCCAAAACCCUCAGGAGCAUGCAACCGUAAAAGCGAAGCAGAAUGCAGCGGAUGCGAAGACAAAUGCCACAAGUGUAAAAAAACUAGCUAAGCCAGCAAAAAUGGAGCAAGGCGAUAGUGAAGACGAUAGUGAUGAGGAGGAAAUUGAAUCGAGCGAUGAAGGUAUCGAGGAAGUGAACGGAAAGCUAACUAACAAAGCUGCGCCAAAUAAGAAACCGCAACUAGCUGAAUCAGAUGAAGAUGACGAUGAUGAAGAAGAGGAUGAAGACGAAGACGAAGAGGAGGAUGAAGAUGACGAGUAGCUUUCUUUCUCGUGCAUUGUGUUAUAGCUGUUACCGCCUUGUCCACAUGUAUCUGUUUUGUCCCCUUGUUGUUUCACCCUAGCGCCACUGUAGUAGAGACUCUAACUGUUACACCCUUCUCAUCUUUACGAUGUUGUUGUUAUUGUUGAAGAUUAUGUAAGAUUGUUGACAGUUGAUUUUUCCAAAAUAUUCGAAAAUAUAAGUGAAGUC